AUGACUCGUCUGUCCCUCUUUGUAUUUGACCAGAGUACGACAUUACAUGUCAUUUACAGGCAUCACAAACUUGAGAAUAGACUGCCCAAAAAACGCACCUUUGGUACGAAUUCUUACUGGAUUGGGUUCAAUGACCUCGAUGAAGAGGGAGCUUGGGCCUGGACUGAUGGCUCGGUUACAUCCUAUACCAACUGGUAUUCUGGAGAACCAUCUGGUGGAUCUGAACAUUGUGGUGUAUUACGAUGGAGUUCAGACGGCACAUGGUAUGAUGCAGACUGCUCGUCAACAUACGGCUACAUCUGUAAAUACCCGCUAAACACCAUUUCCUGUGCUGAAUGGAAGCGUAAAGGUUAUACAUCUGAUGGAUACUACACAAUAGAUCCUGAUGGGAGAAAUAAUGGAGUCGAUCCAUACAGAGUAUACUGUGAUAUGACUACGGAUGCUAGCACAGGUAUUACGACAUUCGAGCACCAGGAGGCGAAUCGAUCUUUGGUAACAGAUGCAGAGGCGCCUUUUAGUUUCAUCCGAAACAUUACUUAUGGUAACAAGUCGGUUAAUCAAGUGGCUACCGGCGCCGAUAUCAGCGGAGAGUGCUACCAAUAUAUCAAGUACGAAUGCUAUCUUUCCGUAAUAACUGGCUUUGCUGCUUGGUAUGACAGAGACGGAAAGCAGAAGAACUACUGGGGUGGAGCCACGGUAGACAGCGAAAAGUGCGCUUGUGGAAUCUCAGGUAUGACUGUAUGUCAUCAUAGAGGGCGUCAUUGGCUUACUGGAUCAGAGCCAUCCAUGCACAGAGUUUGGCCAACUUGGUAUCAGUUGGUUACAACAUGA